UGUGACACGGGAGCAAUGGCUGAGAACUACAAAUGGGGGUGCAAGGUGAUGAGUGUCUGAAAAGUUUUGCAGAUGAGCUGUCUGCCAUCUACAACGAGCAGGUCAAACGCGAGGAGGAAUUAUUCAUGACUUAAAUGGCGGAGGAACUGUUACCGAACAACGAUGCAAAAAUCAGCGCGCAUCUCACAAAGUCACUGUUGGCGGCGGCUCUCCUGGCCUCGUUCGGCAGCUCCAUGCUCUAUGGCUACAAUUUGGCAGUGGUCAAUUCUCCAUCAGAGUACAUCAAAGACUUCUACAAUCAGACGAUGAUAGAAAGCUACGACUGGUCUCCAGAUGAGGAGCUCCUCACCGUCUUAUACUCCCUCACUGUGUCGAUCUUUGCUAUUGGUGGGAUGACGGGGGCCCUGCUGGUGGGCAGACUUGUUACCAGAUAUGGAAGGAAAGGGACGCUGGUGAGAUCCAGUGUGCUGGUGUUUGUGGGCGGAGCUCUGAUGGGCUUCAGCAGAUGGUGCAGGAUGCCCGCGAUGGUCAUCAUUGGACGCUUCAUCACGGGAGUACACUCAGGUAUCUCUCUCAGCGUGGUGCCGAUGUACCUCGGUGAGAUUGCCCCCAAGAACCUGCGGGGCUUCCUGGGCCUCGUUCCGAGCAUCCAUAUUUGUCUCGGGGUCUUCAUCGCUCAGGUGCUGGGGCUCCAUGAACUGCUGGGAAAGGAAGAGCACUGGCCUCUGCUCCUGUCCCUGGUGGUGUUUCCUACCAUAGUCCAGCUGAUGCUGUUGCCAUGGUUUCCAGAGAGUCCACGGUACCUUUUGAUAGAGAAGGGAAAUGUGCACGCCACUGUCGCAGCCCUAAAGUGGUACCGUACUAAAGGAAACAUCCAGGCAGAGGUUGAGGAGAUGCAGGAGGAGCAACGCUCUUUGUCCUCCAUCCAGACCAUCUCUGUCCGGGGCCUGCUCAAGGACCGCUGCGUCCGCUGGCAGGUCAUCACCAUUAUGGUGGUCAACAUCGGCAUGCAGCUGUCUGGCAUCGAUGCGAUCUGGUUCUACACAAAUGACAUAUUUAAGAAUGCAGGAAUCCCAGAACCUCAUAUUCAGUACACAACAGUGGGAACUGGCGCCAUUGAGGUCAUCUCUGGGGUGGUGGGGUGUUUCACCAUCGAGCGUCUGGGCAGAAGACCUCUGAUGAUUGGCGGCUUCCUCUUCAUGGGCCUCUGCUGUGCUGGGAUCACUGUGUCUGUCCUCUUCCAGGCGCAGCUGUCUUUCAUGCGCUACAUCAGCGUGGGUUGCGUCGUUGGGAUUAUUGCCGGCUUCUGCAUAGGUCCAGCUGGUGUACCGUUCCUGAUCACUGCAGAGCUCUUUAAGCAGUCACAUCGACCAGCUGCCUACACUGUGGCCGGUUGCCUCAACUGGUUGUCCAACUUUACCAUCGGCUUUGUCUUUCCCUUCCUAGAGGUGGCUACAGGUCCUUACUGUUACCUGAUUUUCUGCGCAAUCUGCUUGGGAGUGGCCACCUACACCUACUUCAUAAUUCCUGAGACCAAGAACAAAACCUUUAUGGAGAUCAGCCAGAUGUUCGCCGCCAAGAACAAAAUACUUGAAGAGGAGUUGACCUCCAAUGGUCAUUUGAAAUUGGCUAUGAUGAACGGCUAUGGAACCCUUGGCCAACAUGAUGAAAAGUAAGAGCCCAAGAGGAGGAAAGAAGAGGUGGACCUGUGGCCACAAAGGGAUCUGCUGCUUCACAUGAAAACUACAAAGACGAAUGCACACAUAUGUAGAUAUCAUACACAAACAAACACAAAAUGAAAUAUGGGCUUCUCCUUCGAAGGUCAUCACUUUCUACACACACAAUAAAUCCUAUUUUAAACAGUUAAUUUUUAGUCAAAGUGUAGAUCCUGUACAUUAUGUGAGAUAGAAGUCAUGCGGUCAUCCAUUUCAAAUCAACCAUCAGAGACAUUUUAAUCUGUUUCUCAGCAUCUUACAGCAUUUUUCUGAGCUGAAUGCUCUCACGGUGCUCUCAGGAGUUGUAAUCUGUAUUAGUUUCACUUCUUCUGAACACAUCCCCUGAUCACUUCAGUGUUCAUAUUUAGUGUUGAAUGCCUUCCCCUAUGUUACUCUUUGCAAAGUGAAUAUAUGUAUUCAGUGACAGAGCAAUAAGUCUGAGGCAGUGCUUCUAUCAGUGUACUGAGGGAAGGUAUGAAAACCAUUUCUCUGAUGUUUCCCUCAGUGGUUAAAGGUCAUGAGACAUCCUGUGAAUAAUAAUAUAUUUACUGUUAUUGCAUGUUUACACCGUGGAGCUCAAGGUGAAUGUCUUGACUAAGAACUUGAGCAUGUUUGUUUUGUAUUUCUUUUUGUCUUUCAGUGAUUUUGUGUCUCUUUUUACGUAAGAGAGCUGGAUAUUGUGGCUACUGUAGUAGUUAUUUGACAUUUCUUUUCCAAACAAAUGUGCAUGUAUGUGAAGCUUGUUAAAGAGUAAUAAUUUAUCAACAUAUGACAACAAAAGUAGCUGCACAUGUUUGUUCAAGUGUUUUUAACUGCUGGAUGUUUUACAUUACCACUUUGUAUAAUAUAUGGUGGAGUGACAAUGAGAAAUAUAGCAUAAAAUUAAGAGUGUUAAAAAUAUAAAGA